AGAAAUGGCAAACUGAAUAGAAGUCAGACUUUUCUCUAUUUAUUCAUCAGGACGUAAAGUCUUGGUUCCUUAAUAGCAACAAUGUCCUCUCGAAGUGGGUCUUCUAGAAGAAAGCCACUAGUCACCCGUAAGGUGUUCGACAAUUCCACAGACGAGGAAGAAGAUGAUGCUGCUAGGAAUGAUAGUCAAAAAGUAAAUGGAGACUCCCAGUCAGAAGAGGAUAUUCCAGAGGAAUUACCGGAAGGCACAGUGGUUGUCAACCCAGAACCAGUCGAGGAGAAAAACCCAACCUUCAAGGGACCUGAAUUUGUGUCGGGAAAGCGUAAAGUCACAGGUAAUGUCAGCAUAGAUGUUAGUGGUUUGAUGUCUCGUGUGACCUGUACUGCCUGUCACAAACAGAUCAACACUAACAAAAAAGGGUCAGCUCGACGACAUCCUCUCCUCAAAGUCCUCAUCUGUAAGCGCUGUCGUACCUACUAUGAUAGUGGCCCUAUACAGAAGGACAAGGAUGGUCUAGAUGAACAGUGUCGUUGGUGUGGUGAAGGAGGACGAUUGUUUGGAUGUGAUUUCUGUCAUAAUGCAUUCUGCAGAUCCUGCAUCAUACACAACCUUGGUCGGUCAGAAUUGAUGCGUGUACAGAACGAUGACAAAUGGAAGUGUUAUGUGUGUAAUUCUAAGUCACUACGAUCACAGCGUCAUGAAUGUGAGGCAGUACUUGAGCAAAUCAAGAAGGAAGAACAAAAGGCAAAGAAUGCCUUGGAACGGGAAAAGGAAAGGGAAAAAAAUAAAGACAAGAAAGACACAUCAAGUAAAAGCCCUGCUGUGAAAUCUGGUGAUAUAGUCAAAACUGCCGCAUCUUCAAAGUCUGUUGAUACUAAACAGUCUAAUGUGAAAACCACUACUAGUAGAAAUGUGGAAGUUGUUGUCGUAGGACCAAAGACUCCUGUUCAGCCCAAGCCCUCCAUGAAGAUUGAACCACAACAAAAGGCACCAGUUCAACAACAGCUAAAGAACUUGCUAAAUUUGGCUGGUGGUCAGCAAUACAAUGCACAGCAGAAAGCAUCACCAGUAAAGAGGAUUCAGCAGCAAAAACAGCAGCCCCGGCCGAUGAUGAGUCGAGUCGGGUUUAUUUCUAGUCUUGAUCCAACUUCUAUAACUCUUCCAAUGUUGAUUAAAGAAUUCAAAAAAAAUAUAACACCGACAACAAUUCCCCAAGUUCUCAACAAACUAAUGAGCAUUACAAACUCUCUAACUCUGCUGAUGUCGUCGAUUAAAAUGAACAUAAUGGACAAUAAUUUUAACAGGCCUGGUUAUGAAUCCCUCAAUGCCAUGACCAUCCAGAGUCGAAAGACAGCUGUGGAUUGUUUGGUCAGUGGAUUGGAGCUCUUUCUUCAAGAAUUACAAAUUACCACAGUGGGUGAAUAUGUACAACCGCCUCCAGAGAGUGUUGACAUAGCAGGAGCUAACGGUUCAUCUGCAGACAUGAAUAAUGCUGGUAAUGGGGAUGACUCAGAACCAGAGGUGGUAGAAAUUGACUCGCCCGCUAAAACGCCAAAAAAGUCAUCGCUAAAGAUGACUAUGAUUAAUAAUGAGAUUAUUGUGGAAUCAGAUUCUGAGGAAGAGGUUACACCUGUAAAAAUGGAAGUUUCUCAAACAGACAGUGUUGAAAAAGAAACCAUAAAGGGAGAGCAGGAAAUGGAUGAUAAGAUAUCCAAAGAUGAAGGCAUAUCAGAUGAGGCAGUAGAAGACAAACUGACAGUGGAAAAAUCAUCUAAAAAAGUAGACAAAGAAAAGAUGGAUAAAAAAACUGAAGUCAGCAAAGAUAUCAACAAAAAAAAGGCGGACAAAAAAUCUAGAGAGGAAAGUCCCAAGAAACAGUCAAAUGUCAAGAAGGAAGGUCCCAAGAAGGCCAAGAAAUCGGGUACUGAAGACAGUGAUAAAGUUGACUCUGAAAAUACAGAGGCUCAACUAGAAUUGUUGAAAGAACUGGCAGAUGAGUUAAUAAAAAAUGGUAACAAGUCAGACUCUGAAUCUGAAAAUGAUUCAGAAGGUGAGGAUAACGAGGACAGUCAAAAUAUUGAGAAUGGUGAUGAAGAUGAGACAUCAAAAAAGGGUGCUAAUGAAACUGAAGAUGAUAGUGACAGUAAAAUUGUAAGUAGUGACGGGAGUAAUGGUAUUACUAAUCCAGAGGAGAAUUCUGCGGAGGAUAAAGGAGAUCAAAAGGAAAGUGAUGAUGAGAAAGAAGUGGAAAAAGAGAACAAUGAUGAGGAAGAGGAAGAUAAAAAUAGACCGGUUUCAAGUGCAAGCAGUAAUGCUGAGAGUGAUUCAGACAGUGAAGACAGUGAUAAUUCUGGACCAAGGAGACGACUAAGAAAAAGAAAGAAAGAUGAAAAACCAGAAAAGAAAGGAAAAGGGAGUUUGAAAAUACGUUUGCGACUUCCUGGCAAGACUAAAUCACAGAAAGAAAAUGAAGACAAGAAGAGUGACAGGAGAAGUAGUCAUUCCAAGACAGAAGAAGAGUCCCAAGAAUCUGAAGAGGAAAACAAAGGAAAGAAAGGCAAGACCAAGAAAAAGGAAAAGGAAUCAGAUUCUGAAAAUUUUGAUUCUGAUUUAGAGGAUGAAAUUGAUAAGCUAGCAAAAGAUCCCAAAAUCCAAAAGAAGAAAAAGAAAUCUGAUGAAGAGGAAAAACCAUCCAAAGAGAAAAAGAAAGAUCUGAAAGGAGAAAAAGACAAGAAAACAAAAGGCAAGAAGGAGGAGAAGGUUGACAGUGACAGUAGUGAAGGGACGGAUAACUAUGAUCCAGAAGAGGCUCCAGACGAGGAAGAGGAGGAAGAACCUAUGGAAGCUGUGGAUCCGACAUCAGACAUCUCUGCUAGGGAGAAUUCUUCUGAUGAAGACAGCGAAAAUAAUGAAGACAGUGAUGAUAGCAGUGAUUCAGAAGUGAUCAUAAACAGUCCAAAGAAGAAGCGUGGAAAGGCCACAUCCAAGAAAACAAAAAAAUCAGAAUCUGACCCUGAUAGUGACUCAGAUGCAGUUCCGAAAAAAAAGACUAGACUUCACACAAAACUGCUAGAUGCUAAAUUGUCGGAAUCUGAUGAUUCUGACUUUGAAUUGCCAAGGAAAGGAAAAGGAAAGAAAAGGAGAGCAAAGACGGACUCUUCGUCACAGGAAUCAACUGAAGUGGACAGUGACGUGGCUUCAAAGAAAAAGUUACGGGGUAAAAAAGGUGCCAAUCAGAAGGGGAAGGGUAAAAAAGGAAAAGGGACCAAGCGACGACGUAUCAAGGUGGCUUCAGAUUCGUCCGAUGAAAAAAUGAGUACUGAGGGAGAAGAAGAGAUGAAAAAUGAGAAAAAGAAAAAGAAGAAAAAGAAAGGGGGAUCUGACUCCGAAGAGGACUCUGAUGAAGAAGGGGAUGAAAAUGGAUCUCCAAGUAAGGGUAGGAAACAGAUUCGCAAGAUUAAGUCAGACAAGAAACUGACGGAUUCCACACGCAAAGCUGUCAAAGCAGAGGAAGAACGACGUAAGAGAAUUGCAGAGAAACAGAAGGAGUUUAACAAUGUUGUGGUUGAAGAGGAUCCAUCAGCACCAAACAAAUGCCCUAUCACAAAAAAGCUGGUAUUUGAGUAUGACAAGGAAACUAAGGAACCACUGAUAGAAGUUGAUGAAAGGUUAAUCACCAAGCUGAAACCGCAUCAAGUGGAAGCGGCACAGUUCAUGUGGGACUGCACUGUUGAGUCUGUGGAACGUAUAAAGAAGGAGAAAGGAGCUGGCUGUAUCCUAGCUCAUUGUAUGGGUUUGGGAAAGACUUUAUCUGUGAUAACAUUUCUCCACACUGUGAUGAAUCACUCGGAUCAGACUGGUAUUUCCAAGGCUCUUGUUGUUGGCCCUCUCAAUACAGUCCUCAACUGGCAACAGGAAUUUCAAAUAUGGCUCAGUGGAGAACUGGGAGAGGAAUUCUACGAGGUGUUUGAGAUCUCCAGUGUGAAACAGAAUGUUGCUAGAGCUGACAUGCUGAAACACUGGCACAAGAAUGGAGGAGUUAUGAUAAUGGGAUAUGAAAUGUUCCGAAACCUUACACAAGGCAAUCACUGUCGUAGCAAAAAGCUGAAACAAAUAUUUAGGGAAGCGUUGGUGGAUCCAGGUCCAGAUAUUUGUGUGUGUGACGAGGGACACAUCCUCAAGAACGAUGCCUCAGCCAUUUCUAAAGCCAUGAACCAAUUGGUGACACUAAGACGUAUUGUGCUCACUGGAACUCCUCUUCAGAACAAUCUGAUUGAAUACCAUUGCAUGGUUAACUUUGUGAAACCUAACCUUCUUGGUACUAGGAAGGAGUUCUGUAAUAGAUUUGUCAAUCCCAUCGUCAAUGGACAGUGUACAGAUUCGUCAGCUCAUGAUGUACGCCUUAUGAAACGUCGUGCACACAUUAUCCAUGAGAAACUUGCUGGUUGUGUCCAGAGAAAGGACUACUCGGCUCUCACCAAAUUCUUGUCACCCAAAUUUGAGUAUGUGAUCUCAGUGCGGCUAUCGAAGGUCCAAAUUGAGCUGUAUCAGAAAUAUCUUGACAAAACUGGAAGUGUUAACAGUGUAAUGGGUAAGGGAGCAAAGCUGUUCUCAGACUACCAGGCCCUAAUGAGGAUCUGGACACAUCCCUGGGUUCUCAAGAUGGAUGAAGUUCGACAAGAGAAAAAGGCUAAAUGGGAUGAUGAAGACUCAUUUAUCGAGGAUGGUAGUAUGAGUGAAGAUGAAUCAGGGUCAGAAUUAAGCAAGUCCAAUGACAGUGACAGCGAUGUCGUGGCUAUUAGUGAUAACAGCAGCGACGAAGACAGUGGAGGUAGGAAGACAAGGAGCAGCAGGGAGGCAGGCAGCUCUAAAGAUACAGAUGAAGUUGUUGUUAAUUCAAAAGGAGAAGUGGUGAAGAAAUGGACUACACGGUCAAGAGGUGGCGAGGGUUGUGAAUGGGAAGGGAUCAUCAAGGCAGCGGAGGAAGAAGAGGAUCGACCACUCACCACUGAUUGGUGGGCUGAUUAUGUCACAGAGGAAGAUGCUAAUAGGAUAGAGCUUAGUGGCAAAUUGACGUUGCUGUUUGAGAUUCUUCGUAUGUCUGAGGAGAUUGGUGACAAGGUGUUGGUGUUCAGUCAGAGUUUGCUGUCUUUAGAUCUUAUUGAGGAUUUCUUAGAAUAUAUAGAUAAGAAGCAUCAAGAGGAAACAGAGGAAAAAGAAAAGAAAAGGAAAGAAGCUGAAGAAGAGGAAAAGAAAAAGAGUGAUGAAGAGAAAGACGAGGAGGACAAAGAGGAAGAAACGAAAGAUGAAGAUAAAGCAAAACCUGAGGAGGAUACACCUGAAGAGAAUGUGUUCGGAAAACAAUGGACGAAAGGAGCUGACUAUUUCCGUAUGGAUGGUUCAACGAGUGCCCAGCAGAGAAAAGAUCUAGCAGCUGCCUUUAAUGAUCCAGAAAAUUAUAGGGCAAGGCUGUUCAUCAUUUCCACAAAGGCUGGUGGUCUAGGAAUCAAUCUUGUCGCUGCUAACAGGGUCAUUAUAUUUGAUGCUUCCUGGAAUCCUUCCAAUGAUGUACAGUCUGUGUUCCGUGUGUACAGAUUCGGGCAAACUAAGCCUGUGUAUAUCUACAGAUUCCUGGCACAGGGCACCAUGGAGGAAAAGAUUUAUGAACGACAAGUAACAAAGCAGUCUCUGUCUCAACGUGUGGUGGACGAGCAUCAAAUAGAGCGUCAUUUCAACUCUCAUGACCUCCAGGUCCUGUACACCUUCAAACCUGACCGCUUAGAUGAUCCCAACAGGGAGGAAAGACCAACACCAGAAUUACCUAAGGAUCACAUGCUGGCUGAGAUGCUACAGAGUCACAAGGACUGGAUCUGCGCAUAUCAUAAACAUGAUUCCUUGCUGGAGAAUCAGAUUGACGAGGAGCUUACAGAAGAGGAGAGGAAGGCAGCCUGGAAGGAGUUUGAAGAUGAGAAGAAGGGCAUUAUGAACAAUGUCCGCCAGCAGUUCAUGGGUAUGAACAACAUGCCAGGAAUGCACCCAGGAAUGGCUCCCAACAUCAACAUGAAUAUGUUAAUGCAACAAGGUUUAAGACUUCCUCAUAUGGGUGGAAUGCCAAGCUCCAAUAUGCCCUUUAACCAACAAAAUCUUCUUCAGUUAGUCCAGGAUAUGAAGACGAGGUUCCCUCAUCUGCCUGAAGAUCAGCUGACUGCAAGAGUGCAGGGUGUCAUACGUCACAUCAUCACUAAUCAGUACAUGCAACAGCAAGAAAUGCAGAAACGACAGCUGGAACAAAGAGAAAUGCAGCAUCAGCAACAGCUCCAUCAGAUCCAGGCCCAGAUCCAGCGUCAGCAGCAGCAGCUGAAUGCCCACCAGAGGAUGGGGGGCCACCCUGGCCAAAUGCCCAACAGGAGAUAAUCCUAGUGAAUAUAGGCAACAGAUAAAUGUUUCACACUGCUGUGCCAUGGAGAUAGAGGUCACAAGCAAGGAACACAGCAGAUAAUGGAAAUGCUGUUCAACAAGGAUAUUUUAUGACAUCUGUCGGUCUGCUUGAUUCGUAUCUUGCUCAAGGAAGUGUGUAGUGACUCUGGUACUUUGUUAUGAAUAUCAGAGUUUGAAAAUUAAGUUAUUUUUGUAACGUUGAUGAGCAAACCUUAACAAGAUAUUGGUAAGCAGACUUUGAUACAUGACUUCAAACCAGUUGUGGCAAUAUUUUUGCUUUGUUCUAGUCUUUGUUUUUCUGCCUCUGAAAGUACUUUCAGUCAUUAAAGGUUGAAAUCUUUAUUUCAGAAAAUAAGAUAAUGAAAAUCCUGUGAUCAUGAAUACUAAUCUAAAGAGAUAUAACAGCUUGUUAGUCGGACAAUAAGGCUUUAAUAAAAUUUAAAAUUUCUUUCUAGAUCUAGUUGAAACCCUGCUAACAUGUUUGAUGGUAUGCACAAUUAAAGUUUGUUUAGAGCAAACAAUUUGGCAUUUCAUGUUUAACUAUAUAUUUCUUAAGGUUUACCCACCACAAGUCCUUUUUUGCCAAAAGUAGUGGAGGAUAGGGGCUAGACCUGUAUAUUAGUAUAGUUGUCACCGACUGUGUAAUGAGAAACAAAUAUUUUGGUCUUAAUAUGAUGAAUUAUUGUUAUUAAUGUCAGAUUAAAAUUUGUAAUAUCUUCAGAGAACCAUUUCUAAACUUCAUGUAAAUUAAUGUCUUUCAUUCAUUUAACCAUAUUACAGAGCACUUCUCAUAUAUUUGUAUGGUUUAAAUGAUUGAAGUCAACACUUCUAGAUUAUCCGGUUAAACUAGAAUUUUGAUGUUUGACUCUUAUUAAAAGGUUUUUAAAGGAGCAUCGCCAGAGAAGUGCAAUUUGUGGCCACUGUUCAAGAUUUCAUGGUACAUACAGUUUAAUUCUAAUAAAGUUCCAGAAGUAUGUGUUAACAUGCAUUAUGGAAAAGUGGUGUAAUGGACAUAUUCUGCAUGUGUAGUCUUUCCAUUUCACUCUGUGCAAACCCUGAUGAUCCACUUAACUUCUGUGGCAACAUGGUUUUAUUUUUGAGAGCACAUGGUUAUAGUUUUUGUUGAUGAUCUUUACUAGAGCACAAGGUUGUGACCUGUGAAGAAUGUAAGGGUACAUUGACUGUACCUUAAAACUAUUUAUUGUACUGGUUUGGAGAAAGGGACCAGUCAAGUCCGUUUAGAGUUAUGGUGAAUUGUGUCCACUAUUUAUGUCCCCUUGUUUUUCUCUGUUGACUGUGAUCAGAUUGUUUGAAAGCAUUUGCACAUGUUAAAGCCGAGCAUGGGAAUGACGGGUGUGUCAAUGUUAACUGUUGGUAAAGAAUUGGAAAGGGAAGAGUGUUUUAUUUUCUGUUCAAAGUUUGGUGAAUUUAAGUAGAAUUGAUGUUGUAAUAUUAAGGUAUCAUUUCUUGUAUGUGACUGUUGGUGCUUUGUUUUUUUUUUUUAGUGCUUUUGAAGUCACUGAGACUUUCAGUCACCCAUGAUUUGUUUGAUUUAUAAAACAUUAGAUUGCAGUGAUGUAAUAAAUUUGGGAUAGUAUGAACGGGACGGGAUAUAUAAAGAUGUAUCCUGUCCACUCUUAAGGAAAGGAAAUCAAGGUCAUGAUAUUAAAACUUGUUUGUCUAAUAAAGAGCAAAAAAGGUUUUGUUCUUCUUUUUUUCUUCUUAUGUAUGGCUUUAAUAUUUAUAGAAUUCCUAACAGGAAAUUAUGUGUGAAGUUUUAAUUUUAAAUAUUGGAAAGCAAAAACCGGUUUUAUCAUUCCUUCAAUUUUGUUUAAGUAGCAAAUCAAGACUUCCAUUUGUUAAAGGCAUCAUGUAUUCCUGAUCAUUUGACAUUAUUGUUUACACUAUAAGAUGUGCAAUGAUAGGAAUUAAAUUAGAAAAAUAUUGUUAGAAUCAAGUUACACAAUCACUUUGAUUGCAUGAACAUUGAUUUGAAUUUAAAUGUGAUUUUAAAACCAAUUUUUCUGGGUGGUUUCGUUUUAGUUUUAGGAUUUGGAUUGCGUUUACCAUAAAACUAAUUUAAAUUUUUUUUUUUUUUUUUUUGCGCAUGUUCAUUGUAUUUAUAUGCUUUUGAUUAUGUAUA